GUUCAGUGUAGCAUAUAUAAAGCUUACUUCUACCCCUUCGGCGCCUUUCUGUCUGUCGACGUUCUUCGAGCCGCAAAGGUAAGAGUUUGAAGAAGUACAAACACAGACAAAGAAAAAAUGUCUGAGAAAAAGGGAAGGAAAGAGGAAGUGGUGACCAGAGAGUACACCAUCAACCUCCACAGACGCCUCCACAGCUGCACCUUUAAGAAGAAGGCACCAAAGGCCAUCAAGGAGAUCAGGAAGUUUGCAGAGAAAGCCAUGGGGACCAAAGACGUUAGAGUAGACGUGAAGUUGAACAAGCAGAUAUGGAGCAGAGGAAUCAGAGGUCCCCCGAGGAGGAUUAGAGUUCGUGUUGCCCGUAAGAGAAAUGACGAUGAAGACGCAAAGGAAGAGUUUUUCUCACUCGUCACCGUUGCUGAAAUCUCUGCUGAAGGGCUUAGUGGACUCGGCACUAAGGUCAUCGAUGAGGAGGACUGAGAGGAGAGGACAAGUCUGUCACUUGGACAAGUUUUGCUGUUUUUCUUUUAAUUUCUUGUUGGUUUUCUUUCAACAAGUCACAGAUGCAGUUUAUUGGAAAGACUCAUUUUCUAGA